AUGGCAGAUGUGAGAAUACUAGGAAGCGAUACGGAUCCACCGGUUUCAAGCAGUGAUCCAGUCUGCGGCAUUUGUGGAAAGCAAAUAUCUCGCUACACUUGUCCACGAUGCAAUCUGAGAUACUGCACUUUGACCUGUUACAAGUCUGAAAAACAUGCUGAUUGCACGGAAACAUUCUAUAAGGAAUCAUUUGUAGCAGAAUUGGAAGGCAAACGAGCCGAUGACGGUGAAAAGAAACACAUGCUGGAUAUUUUGAAGAGAUUUGAAGAAGAGCAGCAAGAUCCUCUUGAUCCAGGAAUGUCACUGGAGGAGCGGCUAGCUGACGUUGACCUUGAUCAAGCUUCACCCGACGACAUGCUGUCUCUUCUGACACCAGCAGAACGACAAGAAUUCGAAUUGGCGCUAAAGGCACAAGCAUUGUCACAUAUAAUACCUGUUUGGACACCAUGGUGGAUGGAAGCUCCUCCGAAAGUGGUUGCAUUGGAUACAGAGGCCCAGAAAACGGAAGUACCAGAUAUAUUACAAGAUAUUAAACCAUUGGAGAAGCUGACGAAACAAGUUCCUGCUGAUUCUGUAUUGUUGAAUGUUGUGGACAUUUUGUACUCGUAUGUUGAAGCAAGUCGAUACUUUAAUGGAGAUUGGUCGGUAGAUCCUGAGGCCGCCUGUGCAUACAUUUGGGAGUCAUCCGGAGUCCUCUCAUCCGCAACACCUUCUGCAGUUGAUACGGUUGAUAGUGUUCUUGCUUCCGUGAGAAGUCAUUCGUUGCAAUUGAGUCGCGAACGACAACCAAGCAUGGAAGCCUUCCGUCUCUUUCUCAAUGACAUCUCGCUCAUACUGACCUCGUUACGAUAUACGCUGGCGGCACUUUCAGACAUGUAUCGCCUGUUUGAAUCUGUGUCUGUUGGUAAAUCCAAGCUACGGAGACGUGCCUUCUUGACUUUCAAGAAGAUUUACUUUUAUGUUGCGUGGAUACAUGGUAGUCCAAUGAUGGAAGAAGGAUUGUCACGUAUUGCGCGGGGUGUUGGUCGAGAGGCUGAAGCUAUACUGCAAGAAUCGGAGAGACUGAGGCAGGAACUGGCUACAGUUGAUAAAUUGAGACGUGAAAGGAAUUCGAAAGGUGCUCCUGGUCCAGGAAUUGUGGAAUUGUAG